GCUGAGCCCGGGAGUCCCUUCCACCCCCCACCCCCCCCCCGACUCCCCACGGACUCUAUAUAACAGGCACCUACUGGGGGUACAGCAUCAGCGACACUCUGCAGACAGCUCGUCUAUUUCCCAAGGGGACAGGAGCUGAGGAACCAGGACUUUGGCCAGGAGGAGACCGCGCCACGGUUAGUUCCUGAGCUGAUCUGAAUCUUCAGGCCGGAGAUCCCACAGGAUCAUCUGGCUGGUGCCAUGGCUCUGAAAGUGACCCCCGUGCUGCUGCUGCUACUGGCUUCUGCACUGGUGCUGUUGGGAGCAUCAGCCAGCCAGGAGCAGUAUGAGCGGUUCCUCCUUCAGCACUUUGAUGCAAAGCCAAAGGGUCGUGACGACCGCUACUGCAACAACUGCAUGCGCUACAUGAUGAAGGAGGACAGGAGGAGGGACAGAAAUCCUGGGCCAAAAGUCUGCAAGGAGACAAACACCUUUGUCCAUGGGAACAGCGAUGAUAUCAAAGCCAUCUGCACUAGCCAUGGAGGCAGGAACUAUGUAACCAGAACUGGCCAGGCCAUGCGCCAGAGCCUCAGACCAUUCCAGGUCACCACCUGCACCUGGCAUGGAGGGAAACCCCUCGACAACUGCCAGUACUGGGCGACCCGAGACUCAAGGAUGAUCAUCGUUGCCUGCGAUGAGCAUGAGCACCCUGUGCAUUUUGCUGAGAGCCAGAUCUGACGGGGCGAUGAGGAGGCGACUCCCGAUUCCCUCGGAUUCUGCUGCUGCCUCUUCUGGUGCAGGGAUCUUGGGCUGAAAUGUCCUCAUCAUACGCUGCUGUCCUGUAGUGCCCAUUAUACAGUAUAGCCGCCCCUUCCCCACCCCACCCUCUGAUGCCCCUAGUGCCUAUUAUACAGUAUA